CCGGGAAUUUGAACGAGAAGCGGGUGUUGGAUGUUUCGGAGAGUCGACAGGAGAAUCAGGUCGUCAGAGAGUCUGAUAGCGAAAACACUUCAGUAACGACAUGUUUGAAUUUUAUUUGACUAAAUCAUUCUGUUAGGCUCUGUAUUAAAACUGCGUGGGUGUGGCAAUAUUUUAUUCAGCUUUCAGGGGGAACGUAUUUCCUGUUGUGUAGCAACGGCAGAUGGCUUUAAGUCGUCUUUGCCUCGUUUAGACAAGUUUAGAUCCUAAACACGGUUCGGGCUGAAGUUUCUUUUUUAAAUCAUGAAGCCGCUUAAACCGUUGUUUCUGAAAACCUACGAAAAGCGGAUACGAAAAAUUUCCGCUUGGAUUUCUCCUGCGGACCGAAGGAAGGCUUUCGACAGCACCUCGUCGUCUGAGGAAAUGUCCGAGUUUGAGGCCGCUAAACCCCGCAGGACACGGGAAAAGUACACAAGGACUGGCGGUGGAAGGACAGAACGUCCGGCCAAGAAAAAAGCCAUGCUGUGCUUGACCGAGAAGAGCUGCGACAAGAAUAACACGAGUGAUGAAGAGAACAUUGUCCCCUCUCCUCCUCGUCGAGUGCAAAGCAAGAAAACGGGUAGCAAGCGGAAAGGCGUUCUGUGUCCUUCAGAGACCAGCAGCAAUGGGGAGAACAUCAUGGGGGCGCCUUCCUUCCUCGCGAAACGUAGAAAAACAGCCAGGACAAGCCGGCUAGCUUCUGCACCUGUUUUCACAAGGCGGAGAGGUCAGGGGGUUUCUAACACCGGUGAGAGUGAGAGGGAAACAGCUGCACCAAAACUGCAAAAAAUCCAAGCAAAAACAAAGGUGGACUCCAAUGUUCACAUUCGGUCUGCCGGGCGCUUCGUAACCCGUCGCAGACGUGUGGCUUCAACCAGACCCCCCUCAGCAAGAGUCAGUUUACUCAACUCCUCAGAAGACUUCACUUCUGGACCUUUUGGAGCCAGCGUAAAUCAACAACCCUCCAGGAGGCGGAGGUUCCUCCCAGCGUUCGGGCUGUCGAGUGCAGAGAGCUCAGUGAAUGCUGCAACAAACACCAACCCUUUCAGAGAGAUUUCCCUCAACGAGUUAGCCGAAAACAGCCUCGGACCCGUUCCAAGUAAACCCAUUUUCUGCUCCACACCCUCAGCACCCAACUUCAACAAGCAAAAGCACCCGAAAUUCUCCAGUCAGGUUGCCUCUCCUCCGUCUGCACUGGGCAGCUCUAUAGGUGUGUUGAGCACUUUCCAAGAAGACCCGGAUUCACUGCGACAGCCAGGGUCACUUUAUGUGGAGAAGUUGCAGAAAGAAUCAAGUCUGCAUUACAAUGAAGAGCAGUCUCUUGAUUUAUUUCCUGAGCCUGACAGAAGGGGUUGCAGCGGCAAAGCCAAACGCCACCGCGGAGACUUGGAGGGCAACAAAUCAGCCACUGUAAAUCUACUCUCUGCAGACAGUGAUAGCAGCAGUCUCUUCGUGUCUGCAGCAGGAGGGUUAGAGUGGCUGAUCGAAGGUCUGAAGGAGAGAUGUCUGAGUCAGACCUGCAGGGUUCAGCUGCAGAGAUUAAACAUCCUCUCCAUGACUCAGCUCUAUAGUCAAACAACCUACUCAUCCUGUUUGGAGCAAUCAGGCCCGGAAACAAAAGGAUCGCCUCCGUUUGCAGAGGGGAUUCAGACUGUUGGCUUUUGCUCAGAAGGAUCAGCUCAUCCCAGUGUCUCCGUGACGACCGAUAAAACCAGAGGUCAUGUUCAAUCAGUUAUUGAUUGUGACACAUCAGCUUCAGUGAGUGACUGUCAUAUUGUCAAUUUUUCCAAAUCGCCUGAACUCUCAGACAGAAACACAAACAGGGAGAGCUCAGAAUCAGUGAUUUAUGUUGUUGACACACAAAGCAGCUAUGAGAAUAUAAUGGACACGCAAUUACCAGGUGGCAAUGCAGCGCCAACACAGUUAACUGAUGAAGAGGCCAAAACGGCAAAGAGCAAAUGCACAAAGAAAUGCUUUGUUCGGAUUAAGAACCUCCCACUGUCCCAAUUGCAUGACCACGGUUUCACCCAGUGUAAGGGGGUUGGUGUGGUGUGUUCUCUGAACCACCUUGAAAAGAUGAGAGGCAUGGUGCUUCUCACAGAGUCUGAACACAAUCCGGAAGCUAAGACUGAGUCAGACUUUUCAGAUGAGGCAGCAGCACUAACAUCAGUGCCAAAGGAGAAAUGUCUGACCUCUAAAGCUGUUGUUAAAGCAAAGAGAAUAUCUUUAUCAGAGUUAAUAGAAAUUCUGCAGCCAAAAGGUGGCGGACCUAAAUCAUCAACCGAUGUCUCAGACUCAUCCAGUGAUAACCAGACAAAGACUGACAGUGAGUGCAGUGAAGACACCACCUCUUUGAAAAUCGCUUCGAAAAGCAGCAGCUCAGCCAGCUCUGGCAAAAAAGUAGAAAAGUCUGGCAGAAGUGUCCCCAAGAGAAAUAAGAGGUCUCUGGCCGCCAAAGAGAGGAGGCGGGGGAGCCCGUCAGCGGACAGGACCGGGACUACAAGGAAGGCGUGCGUGAGCGGAAUGAGUGUGAAUCGCUGGAAGAACAAAGAAGCUGCCGGUGCGCUGGCAUUCAGGAGCAGGGAUGGGAAGCAGCUCAGUACCAGCACAGCUGUGGACUGCAGCAUCAGCGAGCUGAAUUCAAAGCAGCACAAUCAGCCCAAGAAAUUGCUGGGAGCUGCAGUGAAUUUCUUCACUCCGCUGAGGACGAGGCGGCUCAACCUGUCAUCUUUGCUGGCUGAUCUCACACCUAGCACACACACCUGGAGCCGGCUCAAAGCUGCCCUCUCUGUUCAUCAGAAGAACAUGGUACAACUCACUCCGAGGAGUUUGGACCGGUCAGUGAUGUGCACUCCUGGAAGGACGACAUUAGCCGACAUCAGCCAGGAUCUCUUUGCUACGCCCCGACGCACUCCACUCCCCAAGCGGCUCCAGUCACAGCUACUGAGCCAGCACUCCCUGUCUGUGUGCGAAGAUUUAGAUCUGACGGAUGCAGAAAAGGUGUAUGCUGAAUGUGGCCAGCAGUGUCCUUUGUCCUGGGAAGAGUGUAUUCUCCCUCAUCGUAUGAAACGGUGUGUGAAGAUUGGUGAGGGAACGUUUGGUGAGGUCUUCUCUACCAUCAACGACGCAGGAGACAUGGUGGCACUCAAAGUAAUUCCAGUAGAGGGCAGCGAGAAGGUGAAUGGAGAGGACCAGAAGACCUUUGGAGAAAUUCUCCAUGAGAUUAUUAUCUCCAAGGAGCUAAGCAGCCUGAAAGAGAACCAGCAGAAUCAGACUCAUGGCUUUAUUGGACUCAAGGAUCUUCAUUGCGUUCAGGGCUGCUACCCACCAGAUUUGCUGAAAGCAUGGGAUGCUUUUGACCAUUGCAAAGGAUCUGAGAAUGACCGGCCAGAUUUCUUUGAGAAAGAUCAGUUAUUCAUAAUCCUUGAGUUUGAGUUUGGAGGCGUUGACUUGGAGAACAGCAAUGGAAUAUUGGCGUCUUUAGUGGUGGCGAAGAGCAUCCUUCAUCAGGUCACCGCUGCAUUGGCUGUUGCUGAGCAGGAGCUGCAUUUCGAACACAGGGACCUCCACUGGGGAAAUGUGCUGGUGAAAACAACUGAAGAGAAGAUGGGGAGCUUCCUCCUCGAUGGAACAGCUCACAGCGUAGAAACCAAAGGCGUGUUGGUCCGCAUCAUUGACUAUUCCCUCUCCAGGCUAGAAAUCGAUGAUCUGACGGUUUCCUGUGACAUCUCGAAUGAUGAGGAGCUCUUCAUGGGCCAGGGAGACUACCAAUUUGAAAUCUACAGACUGAUGAGACAAGACAACGGAAACGAGUGGAGCAGCUACCACCCUCAUACCAACGUGCUGUGGCUCCACUACUUGUGCUCCAAGCUGCUUUCCAUGAAAUACAGGAGCGUAAGAGGGAGGGGCACCAAGGACGCGCGGAAGGAACUCACUCGUUUCUCUGACGACGUCCUCCACUACGGCUCCGCCAGAGAUGUUCUUCAGAACUGCCCAAUGUUUCAAUAGAGUUGGAAGCACAGAGAGACACCAUUUAAAUGGCUUUUACUUAUAGGAGGAGGAAUCUUGAACUCACUAAAAUGUGGUUUUUGCUUUUUUUUUUGUGGGACUAAAUUGUUCUUAAGUUCUAGGUUAAUAUUUCACAAAAAACAAAAAUUUUAUGUUUUACAGUAAAGACAAAACUGCCAGGCAAAAGUGUUAUUUCUAGAAUAUUACAAUCCACUGGAUUUACAGUCCCCUUACUGGGUCUGAAGACAUCUUUUGCCCACAUUCCUCACAUUAUUUCUGUGAUUUUGUUCUAGUUUUUGAUUAAGCCACUAAAACUCUACAUUUCUUCUUCAGAAGCUAUUCUGUUGUUUGUUCAGGUGUAUGCCUGAACUCACUGUAAUGCUCAACAUGUCUUCGUCUUUGGCUUUCUAGAGAUAGCUCAGCAUUUCAGAUCUAGAAUGACUGGUUUUUGCAACGCUUUAUAAUUUUAUCCACCUUCAUUAAAUCCAAGUUCCAUCAGAAGAAACGCAACCCCACUGCAUAAUGCUGCCCCCACCAUCUUUCACCAUUUGUAUGUUGUUUCUUUUUUUUUUUUUACUACUUUGGUUUGAUCAGGUUAAUAACACGUCCUCCUACAAGGUUCUGGUGGAUUUUAGCUGGACUUGGAUGUUUUCCUUGGAAGCAAAAGCUUCCGUCUCACAACUCCACCCCUUAGACCAGGUAUGGGGAACAAAGCCAGUGUUGAAUUUUGCAGCUCCUUCAGUGUUGCGGUCGACCUGAUGCCAGUCCCUCUGACCAGUUUCUGUCUCGCCUGAGUAUUGCUAACUUUGUUUUGUAUUUUCUCUUGACUUAUAAUUAAGACUAUUCUGAACCUAUGACUUCAGGCAAAGAAUGCAAAUAUAAAAUCCUAAUGAGACAACAGAUUA